CGUUAGCAGUCAGUUUCAUAUCUUGGUUGCAUGGCUGGAAAUCUGUGUUUAACACAUGCUGAAACACAAGUAUUCUUAUCUGCCGACUGUGAUGAACAACAACACAUAAAAAUCAAUGAGAAAAUUGGAGUAUAAAUACGGGGCUGAGGGGUGUUGCUCGAUACAGCAUGGCUUGUUCAGUGAUUGAGAGGUCCAUGGAGGCAAUGCUGCUGCUUUUGUUCUUCCUAAAUCAUUUCACUGAAGUUGCAGGGGAUGUAGGCACUGCUGCAUCAUAUGAUCCUCCAUAUCUUCCAACAAAGUGCCCGGACUACAGCAGCCUGGAUCAGUUGCCAGAGACUGGGCUGUUUGUGGCGGCUGGCAGUGGCGUGUGGGACAACGGUGCAGCCUGCGGCAGGAAGUACCAGGUCCGGUGCCUCAGCGGCCUCCGACGGCCCUGCAAAGAUGGCUCCAUUAUAGUCGAAGUAGUCGAUUACUGCAGGUCCAGUCCCUGCCCUGCCACCUUCCUUUUGUCCAACAAAGCCUUCGGCGCCGUUUCCAGGAUUCCCAAUGCAAAGAUCAACAUCGAGUUCACGGAAGUAUGAUGGGAGCCAUAUGGAUUUGGAUGGAAGAUGUAUUCAAUGUCUUGGCACAAUAAUAGAUAUGUAAAAUGGUAAAGAAUGAUGAACCUUCACAAUGUGCUAUAAUUUGAGGAAACAGUACCAGAGCAUCAAUCAUA